GCCGGAUUGCAAUCGCCUCCCUCUGUGCCCGCUUGCCCCGUCGAUCCCGUCUUCUCCGCCCGCCUGCCCACUGCCCCUCCGGCACCAUGGAAGCCAUCAAGAAAAAGAUGCAGAUGCUAAAACUGGACAAGGAAAACGCCUUGGACCGGGCGGAACAAGCCGAGACGGAACAGAAACACACAGAGGAGAGGAGCAAACAGCUGGAGGAUGAACUGGCGGCCAUGCAGAAGAAGCUGAAAGGGACGGAAGAUGAGCUGGACAAAUACUCUGAAGCCUUGAAAGAUGCUCAGGAGAAGCUGGAAGUGGCUGAGAAGAAGGCGGCCGACGCUGAAGCUGAGGUUGCGUCCUUGAACCGCCGCAUCCAGCUGGUUGAGGAGGAGCUGGACCGGGCUCAGGAGCGCCUGGCCACGGCCUUGCAGAAGCUGGAGGAGGCCGAGAAGGCCGCCGAUGAGAGCGAGAGGGGCAUGAAGGUCAUUGAAAACAGAGCCCUGAAGGACGAGGAGAAGAUGGAGCUACAGGAGAUCCAACUGAAGGAGGCCAAGCACAUUGCGGAGGAGGCCGACCGGAAGUACGAGGAGGUUGCUCGUAAGCUGGUGAUCAUCGAAGGAGACCUGGAACGGACCGAGGAAAGAGCCGAGCUGGCCGAAUCUAAAUGUUCAGAAUUGGAAGAGGAGCUGAAGAACGUUACCAACAACCUCAAAUCGCUUGAGGCUCAGGCGGAGAAGUACUCUCAAAAAGAGGACAAAUAUGAAGAGGAGAUCAAGAUUUUGACUGACAAACUCAAAGAGGCAGAGACCCGAGCCGAGUUUGCCGAGAGAUCGGUAGCCAAAUUGGAGAAGACCAUCGAUGACUUGGAAGAUGAACUCUAUUCUCAGAAAUUGAAAUACAAAGCCAUAAGCGAGGAACUGGACCAUGCCCUCAAUGAUAUGACUUCCAUAUAAGCUGAAAUGCACCAAAGAGGAACAUCUCUGCACGCAACGGAUGCUGGACCAGACCUUGCUCGAUCUGAACGACAUGUAAAAAAGGGGGGAGGGCCCCGACAGCAGCCCCCUCCCACCCCUUCUCUCCACCCCGCGGCCCCUCCCGAGCAGCGAUUCUCUGCCGAGUUCAGCUCUCUCUCUCUCUUUUUUUCAAGAUGAAAAAAAAUAAUAUACCAGAAAAUUAACAAGUCAAAAAAAUAAUACCAGAAAGAAAGAAAAAAACAAGUCAUAUAUAAAUUACAUUCCUGAUGCUCGGGGCCAACUCAGUUCAAAAGCCUCUGCCCUGUUUUUAUUUAUUUUUUCUUCCUCGUCCGCCAGACAUGCCCAAAUUUUCCGCCAGAAGGAAGGAAGGAAGGAAGAAAAAAAUAGGCAAACCCCCCCCCCCCCACUCUCCCUUCAAAGAAUUUGAAGGGAGCGAACGACUGAAAUGCACCCUUUUUUUAGGCAUGAAAUUAUAUGUGGCUGGUGCGUGUUUCGGGGUUAAUGGCCCUCCCUUUCCGAACACGCAUCGCGAAGGCUCUCCCCCCGCCCCCCCCGUGCACAAUGUCGAAAGCACGCAGCUUUUUAAUGGAUGUGCUGUUUUGUUCGCCUCCCGAAUUCGAAUGGAUGGAUCGAAUAAUUUUAAAUCCCAUCGUUUGUCCGAACAACCAGCAAAGCUUUUGCGGCAUCCGCUAACCCAGAAAAACAUUCUGCAAGGAAAAGCCAGCCUUUCCCUCUUGUUUCUCUCCCCUUUCUCCCGUUUUUUUUGGAAUAUUUAAUUUGGUUGUUUUUUUAGGAUAUAAAUUGGGCUGAGGUGUGCUUUGUCCGUUGCUAUUUUAAUCCGUGUUUUUAUAACCUUUUUUUCCCAGCUGGGGGAGAAAAAGAACUGUGUUUAUAACAAAACAAAACAAAAACAUAAUCGGGGUUCGUGUGUGUGUGUGUGUGUGUGUGUUUUUUUCAUUUAAAGUUUCCUUUUCUUUAAACCCACGUAAAUCGUUCUUAAGCUCCUUCUACGCUCUUAUUUUUUUCUGCACUAUUUCUGACCGGGGAAAACACUAUAUCCGAGUAACCCGUUUUCUUCUCCACUUAGGUUUAAGUUUCUGGGUGCUUGGGUGUUCUGUGCGUUAGGGGUUUUUGUGAGGAAGAGGGGCUUGUAACUUUUGGGGUGCUCCUGAAUACGAGGGGGAGUUUUUUUCUCCCCCCCUUCUCCUGUCCUGUUUCUAGCCGGUAGCUGAUCGUUCUGUCUUGAAAAGAAACUUGGAUGUAUGGGGACACACCUCUUGUACUCUCAAAAUUUGAUCCCCUAAAAGUUGUGUUAAUUAUCCUUAUUUUUUAAACGCAUCUAUCUCUGUAUAGGCCUUUGGGGUGGCUUAGGAAGAAUACUGUAUACGCUGCCGUGGCUUUUCAGAGCCAGUGUGUGUAUUUGGGGUGGGGAGGGGGGCGGAAGGGAGGAAUAAGGAAAUUAUAUCAAGCCUUUUGAUACUAAAAAAAAUAAAGCUUCGGUCUUUUAUUGUCUUUUUUUUUUUGAAUAAUAAACAGAAACAUUCCCUCUG